CUUGCAAACGCCACCUCUCACGCUUAUAAGAUUACUUAUUUAUCAACUUCAUGUAAUAUCUAACAGAUGAGACUACUUCUACUACUUUGCGCCUCAAGCGUUAUGGUCCUUUCCGGUCCCGUAUACAUCGACGAGCUCGAAGACCUCCUUCCUCGGGGUGCUGAUAAAAGAGAGUUGGAAAUGCUUGAUGAUGACAAAUAUAUGAUCAGGUCGGAGAAGCAAAGGCGUCUCGACGCAAUCUUACAGCGUCAACCAGAUUACAUACAACAAACUUAUAAAGCAAAAGUCGCACAAAAGCAAGCUCAAAGAGCAUCAAAACAGCAGUACAAGCAAAUCAGAGCUGAUCAGCAAGGGCGAGGAAGUUUUGUAGCCGAAGAGAUCGCUAUCGAUAACGACAUGGGUAUCUCUUCAGCUGAAGCUGAUCGAAGGGAAUAUAAAUUGAAGCGCCGCUACUAUGCUGCAAACCCGUCGCUAAUGUUUGAUGAUGAUUAGGAGACGAUUUGUGGUAUAAAAUUGGACGCAGUGGUUGUGUUAUUACUGCUCGUACAAUAAAACGUGGC